AUGGAUUUCAGAGGAGCAAAAAGGAGAGGUAGACCCGAAGGUGCGUUCAAUGGCAGUGGCGGUUUCAAGAAAUCCAAGCAAGAAAUGGAGUCCUUUACAACUGGUAUAGGAAGCAAAUCGAAGCCAUGCACAAAGUUUUUCAGCCCUUCUGGAUGUCCUUUUGGGGAGGGAUGUCACUUCUUGCAUUAUGUCCCUGGUGGCAUUAAGGCUGUCACUCAGAUGCUGGGCAGCAAUCCAGCCCUUCCAGCAGCUGCGAGAAACACUGUAUUCGCACCGUCUUUUCCAGAUGAACCAUCCCCUAUGGCCAUAAAAACUCGUUUAUGCAACAGAUACAACUCAGCCGAGGGGUGCAAGUUUGGUGACAAAUGUCGUUUUGCACAUGGUGAGUGGGAGCUAGGGAAGCCAUCCGUUUCAUCGUAUGACGAUCCUCGCUCUAUGUCAGGAAGAUAUGCUGGCGACCGUUUGGAGCCAACUCCAUCAAACCUUGGAGCUGCAGCCAGCUUUGGAGCCUCUGCCACGGCUAAAAUCAGUGUUGAUGCCUCUCUUGCAGGAGCCAUCAUUGGUAAAGGUGGGGUGAACUCAAAACAAAUAUGCCGUUUGACAGGAGCUAAACUCGCUGUAAGAGAUCACGAGUCCGAUGCUAAUUUAAGGAACAUUGAACUCGAGGGUACAUUUGAUCAGAUCAAAGAGGCCAGUCAAAUGGUACGUGAACUUAUUGUGAAUGUUAGUUCUUCUUUGGCACCACCCAAAAGGCAUCCUGUGAUGCCAGGUCAAUCUCCUGCAAGCAACUUCAAGACAAAGCUUUGUGAGAACUUUGCCAAAGGAACCUGUACUUUUGGAGAACGGUGCCACUUUGCACAUGGAGAAGAAGAAUUGCGCAAGCCAGGGCUAUGA